AUGGGGGUUAUCUGCGCUGCUGCAUACCUUAUCGUCAUGUUUGUCUUCAUCCCAUUCCCAUUCAUUGAGUGGAUUGGAGCAGAGAAUGCCUUCCCUCAUACGAAAUUCCUUGCAUUUCUGUCUGCAUUGAUUUCUAUAUGUACCGCCAUUCUGUUGGGAUUCGCUGAUGAUGUACUAGACCUGAAAUGGCGCCACAAAUUGGCUUUUCCUACCCUUUCGUCCUUGCCUAUUCUCAUGGUCUACUAUGUGUCAGGAAGUUCGACUACGGUGAUAAUACCUUCCGUUGUGCGUACACUGCUAUCUUCCAUUGUUCCUACGUCCAUUUUCCCAACUAUUCCUGCCUGUAUUGACAUAAAUAUCUUCUACUAUGUGUUUAUGUGCAUGGUAGUGGUCUUCUGUACCAAUGCCAUCAACAUUCUUGCUGGGAUAAAUGGACUUGAAAGUGGACAGGCAAUCGUAAUAGCCGUUAGUGUGGUGGCCUUCAACCUGGUGCAGGCACGUAUUUGUCAUGUUCCAUGUUCGUGCUGCAAUUCUAGUAAACAAGAAAGUAUUUUCCAGAUAAGCCGCUUGGAUGAAUGCUGGGACCAUAUGUUGUCGUUAUAUUUCCUUAUACCUUUUCUCGCUUGUACACUGGCCCUUUUCCAGUUCAACAAUUAUCCUGCACGUGUAUUUGUUGGUGAUACCUUCUGCUACUGGGCAGGAAUGACACUUGCUGUUGUAUCUAUCCUAGGUCAUUUCAGCAAAACGAUGAUCCUAUUCCUAAUUCCGCAGGUAUUCAACUUUCUAUACUCCAUUCCACAAUUAUUCAAACUGGUACCGUGUCCAAGACAUCGCCUGCCGAAAUACGAUGGGGCAACGGAUACGGUUGAUAUGAAGCGUUGCUCAAUUCAAAGAAAAAGACUUGAAGUUGCUGGAUGGCAAGAAAUCAACAAUCUAACCAUUUUGAAUCUGGUGCUGAAGUUCACUGGUCCACUCCACGAGCAGACUCUUACUAACGUUCUUCUUUCAAUUCAAGUGAUUUGUUCCGUUUUCGCAUUUUUCGUUAGAUUUUAUCUUGCAUCGUUUCUUUAUGAUGUCGUAUAUUGA